CACGCAGUGACCUUCAGAGGCGGCGGGCGGGUGUUGGGUCAGGCCCCGCCGCUUGGUGCUUCCUCCGUUUCCUUCGGCGCCGCUCGGUGCUUCCUUCGCUUUCCUGUGCGCCGCUCCGCUCCCCGCCGCCAUGCCCAGGGGCAACCGCAGCCGCACGUCCCGCGUGGCACCCCCCGCCAGCCGGGCACCCCCGAGGAGAGCCGCGUCUCCAUCACCGGCUCCUCGGGCCUCGGUCCCYGCAGCGGCUCCACCUUCUGCCGUGGCGGCCCCGGGGCAGAAGCAGCCGGGCCUGCUGGCUCAGAUGGCCACAACUGCUGCCGGGGUGGCCGUGGGCUCGGCCGUGGGACACACYGUCGGCCACGCUAUCACUGGAGGAUUUAGUGGAGGGGGCAGCUCCGAUGCUGCCAGGCCUGACGUCACUUACCAGGAGCCCCAGGGAGCUCAGGCUGCCCAGCAGCAGCAGCAGCAGUAUGGUCCUUGCCAGAACGAGAUUAAACAAUUCCUGGAGUGUGCUCAGAACCAGACCGACCUCAAGCUGUGCGAGGGCUUCAGUGAGGUGCUGAAGCAGUGCAGGAUUUCUAAUGGUUUGGCCUAAGCCUCCACAGUGAGGCUGCUGAAGAUCAUCUUGCAAGAACUGACCUAUGAAUGAAAAAAAAAGCUUCAGUAAUAAAGUUUCAAGCUGUCUGGUUUUUUGUUAGUUCAUAUAUUCACACUCUCAUCCCUGUGGCUUGUCUCCUGCCAUAGCUGCCUCUGAUGUGAUACAACUUCACAGCCGCAAUUUAAUUUAGCACAUGAUGGAGGGAUGAAUAAUAAAGCAGAAUGAGUUAAUUUGGGUUUAACUAUUUUGCUGAUUGUUGUGUUGAAUGUAUGUAACACAGUCUAUAAAUAAACUUCUCUSUAUAGAAAU